AUGGCCUACACUAACGAAGACGAACCGGCUCAGCCCAUCCAGAAUCCAGCAGAUCCCCAGCCAAAAUAUGCCGAGAAACAAUACACUGCUCUCGCCCAGGGCAUGCUCAUUAAUCUACGAAGGAACAAGGACUUAGUGGUCCAACCAUGUUCAAACGAUGACGAAGUUCCCCGAGACUUAUUGCCGCUGCUUGACUCGAGCGACUGGCCUAUUAAUGGAAUCGAUGACCUCAGCGACAAGUUUCAAGCCCAGCUACGUGAGGACAGGGUGGUCGGGCUACCAGGUUGUUUCUUCCCACUGCAGCGCCAUUACACGUAUGACGAGCAAGCCAAAGCUGCAGCACCGAGCUUAUGCUAUCUAAGGGAAAUUGGUAUCAUCUCGAAGAUUGGACACUCUAAUGAGGAGCGACUUAGAACUGUGGCUAAGAAUACUUUUGAGCUGCCUGCCAUUCUUGACGAUACGAUGUUGCCCGAUCUGCUUAGCAAGUUCACAAUCAUGGAGGUAGCUCGCAAUGGCCAGUCUUAA